UUCGAAGUAAAAUGAAGUAUUUCACUUCACGUACCAAAAUUUAAAAUAGGAAAUUGCAAAUUUAAAACAAAUCUCUAUCUGUAAAAGAUGUAACUAUCGGCUAAACACAGAUGGUUGCUGCAUUAUGACUGAAAAACCAAAAGACAGCAAUGAAGAAGCAAUUUCCAUAGAAACUAUUGAGAAAUUACCAAUCCAGAUCUCAGCAGACAAGAGCAGAAAACGAUUUACUGGGGGUCAGGGAAAAGAUAGUCAUUUAAGAACAAGAAUUGCCAGUCAGAUACCUGAUGAUAUACUAAACAAUGUUGAAUUGAAUGAUGCAAUAAGCCAGCUUCCUUCAAACUAUAAUUUUGAAAUUCAUAAGACAAUAUGGAGACUAAAGAAAGGCAAUGCAGCACAAGUCGCUUUGCAGUUUCCAGAAGGUUUGCUGAUAUAUGCUUGCACUAUUGCAGACAUCCUUGAAAGGUUUGCUGAUGUUGAGACAGUAAUCAUGGGUGAUGUAACAUAUGGUGCUUGUUGUGUUGAUGAUUUCACAGCAAGAGCCAUGGGCUGUGAUUUCAUGGUUCAUUAUGGACAUAGUUGUUUAGUUCCUGUUGAUGUCAUGGAAGGUCUUAAAAUGCUCUACGUCUUUGUGGACAUAAAGAUUGAUACAGCGCAUUUCAUAGAUACAGUCAAAUAUAAUUUCCCUGCUGGAUCAAAACUGGCCUUUGUUAGUACCAUCCAGUUUGUGGCUGCAUUACAGGUCAGUAUUACAGAAUUAUCCUCUGAAUACACUGUGGAUAUCCCUCAAUGUAAACCAUUAUCCCCAGGGGAGAUCCUGGGAUGUACCUCGCCCACCCUCAAAGAAAACGACGUACUGAUAUAUCUUGGAGAUGGUCGUUUUCACCUGGAGUCAGCGAUGAUAGCAAACCCAACACUUCCAGCGUACAGAUACGAUCCUUACAGCAAAGUGUUCUCACGUGAGUAUUACGACACGGCUAAAAUGCACGAAAACAGACAAACAGCCAUAACUCAAGCAUCAGACAGCAAGACGUUUGGCUUGAUUCUUGGCACGCUUGGGAGGCAAGGAAGCCCAAAGAUUUUAGAGAACCUAGAAGAACGUCUUGGUCUUUGUAACAAGAAAGUUGUGAGAGUUUUGUUGUCCGAGAUAUUCCCAUUUAAAUUGAAUCUUUUUAACCACAUUGACGCAUGGGUGCAAGUGACGUGUCCCAGGUUGUCCAUAGAUUGGGGCACAGCGUUUCCUAAACCUCUUUUGACACCAUACGAGGCAAUGGUCGCGGUAAAUAUUAUCGAAUGGCAAACCAACUAUCCGAUGGAUUUUUAUGCGAACUCCAGUCUUGGGCCCUGGACACCAAAUCAUGAACAAUGUAAGCUUGGUAAGAGACGAGGCAAGUCUAAGAAAACUGGAGUUACCGAGGUAAAGGAAGGGGAUAAUAAACAGUGCGCAUGUGCGAAAGAGGAGACAGGGAGAACAGAGAUAGAACAGAGGUAAACAUGAAUUUUAUAUUUAUA